AUAUUUAUACGAAUUACAUCUCAAAAAUUAACUACUCUUCUCUACCAAAACAAAAACACAUAAAAAGGCUUUUCAAGUAUUCAAAAAUGGAACAAGAACAACUCUACACAGCUCUGAUCGGCCUAGUCAUUGUCGUUUUGGUAUACAAACUCUUCAUCAAAAACCCAAAACGACAAUACAAAAACCUUCCACCAAGCCCACCUUAUCCUCUCCCACUCAUAGGCCAUCUCCAUCUAAUAAAGCCACCCGUCCACAGAUGCUUCCGCCACCUGGCAACCAAAUACGGCGCCGUUUUCACCCUUUGGUUCGGUUCAAACCGAGUUGUGGUAAUAUCAUCACGCUCCGCAGCCGAAGAAUGCUUCACCAAAAACGACGUCGUUUUAGCCAACCGAAUCCGAUCCCCCUCCGCGGAAAGUCUCACAUACAAUCACACCACAGUAAUUUCCGCUUCCUAUGGGGACCACUGGCGCAACCUUCGAAAAAUCGGCUCCAUCGAGAUCUUCUCGGCUAGCCGGCUCAAAUCACAUUUGGACACGCGUACAGACGAGAUCAAACGUAUGCUAAUUAAAUUAUCGCAGAACUCACUUCACUACGGAUCAUCUGAUAAAGUUAAUAAUAAAUUUGACUUUAAUAAAGUCGAAAUGAUGACGAUGUUUUCCAACUUGACAUUCAACAUCAUAAUGAGAAUGGUGGCGGGAAAGCGGUACUGGGGCGAUGAUGUCAGCGACGAGGAAGAGGCGAAAAAGUUUAGGAAACUUAAGGACGAGGUGAUCCCGGAAAAUGGGGUGGUUAAUCCUUUGGAAUUCUUACCAGGAUGUUUGAGUUGGAUUGGAAUUGGAUAUGUUUGGAAGAUGAAUAGGGUUGCUAAGAGAAUGGAUGCUUUCUUGCAAAGGCUUAUUGAUGAGCGUAGGAGUAUAAAAGGAGACACUACCAUGAUUGAUCAUAUGCUUGCUUUGCAAGUUUCUCAACCUCAAUAUUACACUGAUGAAAUUAUCAAAGGAUAUAUUCUGGUACUAUUAUUUGCUGCGACAGGCACUUCAUCAGCGACAUUAGAAUGGGCAUUGACUAAUUUACUCAACAAUCCUCAUGUUUUGGAAAAAGCUAAAGCUGAAAUUGAUGAACAAAUUGGUGAACAUAAAUUGAUAGAAGAACAAGAUCUUUCCAAAUUACCAUAUCUCCAAAAUAUUAUUCAUGAGACGUUACGCUUGUUUCCAGCGGCUCCAAUGCUCAUACCUCAUUAUUCCUCCGAAGAUUGUAUUGUUGAGGGAUAUGACAUUCCACGCAAUACAAUUGUAAUGAUCAAUGUUUGGGCUAUACAUAGAGACCCGAAACUAUGGGAAGAUCCUGAGAGUUUUAAACCAGAGAGAUUUGAGAAUAGUGAAGGUGUUAACAACAUUAACUUGCUUAUGCCAUUUGGGUUGGGAAGAAGAUCUUGCCCUGGCAAUGGCAUGGCGAACCGUGUACUCGGUUUGACUUUGGGGUCUUUGAUUCAGUGUUUUGAAUGGAAAAGAGUGAGUGAAAAAAAAAUAGAUAUGACUGAAGGAAAAGGGGUUAGUGUUCCGAAAGCUAUACCUUUGGAAGCUAUGUGCAAAGCUCGCCCUAUUAUGAACUCAAUUCUCUAAAAAUCAUUUUGAACAAAAAUUAAUAUAUAUUUAAUUAUAUUAUAGGGUAGAUUUUGUUUUGGGUGUGACAGUGUGCUUUAAUUUUUUUUUUUUUUGAAUUACAUUGUUAUUUAAACUAUUUAACAUUUUUGUUGUACUUGUAGUAUGUAGUGAUCAUAUUAUAAUUUAUAUAUAUAUUAUUAUAUAGUUAAUUUAUAUGUGUCAUAUAUAUUUAAGUUAUAUUUAACCUUAUGUUGUCAAUAA